AUGGCCGAAUGCUUGGGCUUUAUUCGAUAUCUAUAUCUGAAGGCUCUCGUUGCAAUCUCGCGCUUUCUCCUUAAACUCCUUGCCCCGACGCCAAGCUCGAAACCGGACUUCGCGUUGCGAAUUCCCUCUCGCGACAAGUCCCGAGUCAUUAAAGUCCAUGUCUACAAACCACGCGCAGAAGAGAAUGCCCAAUCAAAACCCGCGCCCGUGUUGAUCAAUUUAUACGGGUCCGGCCUCGCAAUACCUUUGCACGGUGCGGACGAUGACUUUUGCCGACUCAUUGCCGCCACUACGGGCCAUGUAGUGCUAGACGUGAACUACUGCCUAGCUCCCGAGUACCCAUUUCCUAACGCGCUCAACGACAUAGAGGAUGCUUUAAAAUACGUACUCGAUCGCCCGACCGAAUACGAUCCCUCGCAGAUCUCUAUUUCCGGCUUUUCAUCGGGCGGUACUCUCGCGCUCGCUGCCUCAACGAUACUUCCUCUUGGAACAUUCCAAUCGCUUAUCGCGUUCUAUCCUGCGACAAAUCUUUACCAGGAUCCAAGUUUGAGAAAGGCCCCGGUAUGGGGAGGGAAGGAUCGUUCACCAUUUUGGACUAAGAUCUUUCGAGAAUCUUAUAUUCGAGGAAUGGAUGCUCGUGAUCCAAGAAUUUCGCCUGCAUUUGCUGAUACGACCAAAUUUCCGAGUAGAAUUCUCAUUGUGACAGGGGAAUUGGAUGCAUCGGCUGUUGAGGCGGAGGAGUUGGCUGAGAAAGCGAGAGAUGAAGGGCGCUCUGUGGGGAGAGAGGUCGUAGUUCGGAGGAUGAAGGGAUGUGGACAUGCUUUUGACAAGAAGCUCACUGGGGAAACUGUUGUGUCGGCUAGAAAAGAGACAUAUGAGCUCGCUGCUGAAGUCUUGAGGAAAUCUCAGGAGGUCAGUGGCCAAUAG